AUGAUGGGUGAGGAAAGUGAUUCAAGUGAAGACUAUAUUAUGAUAACCAAAAGACAGAACUUCAAUCCCAAACCGCAUCUUGUGAAGAUCGUCAAAACUGAUACUGGUUUCGGCUUUAAUGUAAAAGGACAAGUGAGCGAAGGUGGUCAACUGAGAAGUAUAAAUGGUGAAUUAUAUGCACCUCUGCAAUAUGUUAGUGCAGUUUUGAGAGGAAGUGCAGCUGCAAAUGCUGGAUUACUCAAAGGAGAUAGAAUUUUGAAAGUCAAUGGAGUUGAUGUGGAAGGAGCUACUCAUAAGCAGGUUGUAGAAUUAAUUAAAGAUGGCGGGGAUCAGUUAGCUCUUGUCGUAAUCUCUGUGGAUGCUGUUGAUGCAGAACGUUUUGAUGGUGGAUUUAUUGAAGAAAAUUCAGCAUCUUAUAGGUAUGAUUAUUCCGAAAAGAGAUCAUUACCUAUAACAAUCCCAAGUUAUCAGACUGUAACUGCAAAUGGAGAGCGUUUCAUUGCUUACAAUGUACACAUGGCUGGGAGACAUCUUGGUUCACGACGUUUCAGUGAAUUUGUUCAAUUACAUAAUUUACUCAAGAAUGAAUUUAUCGAUUUUAAUUUUCCAAAGUUACCGAACAAAUGGCCUUUUUCAUUAUCAGAACAUCAGUUAGAUGCUCGUCGACGAGGUCUUGAGUGCUAUUUGGAAAAAAUCUGUUCUGUAAAGGUUAUAGCCGACUCAGAUAUCAUGCAAGAGUUUUUGAUGGAAGAUUCCUUAUCAGAUUGUGCAAUUGCUGAUGUACAUAUCCGCAUAUUGUUGCCUGAUGGGAAUUAUUUGUUAUUAAAUAUAAAGCGUCAUUGUACAGCCAUAGAAUUGUAUAAGAUUUCAAAAUUUUUUCAGGCGACACAAAAACGUUUGAAUAUCUCUGUAGAAGCAAGCAAGUACUGCGCAUUAUUUGAAAUGACGGAAUCAGGAUUCGAGCGCAAGAUAGCUGAUGAUGAAUGUCCGCAUGCUCUGUAUAUCCAAAAUUAUUCAUCUGCAGCAUCAUCUUGUAUCCUUCUUCGGAAGUGGUUGUUUGAUAUCGACAGAGAAAUUGAACUUUGUGAACGUGAUGCUGUAUUCAAGGAAUUGUGUUUUUGGCAAGCAGUUGGUGCUGUGAAUAGUGGUCUAGUAUCUGCCAAAGAGAAAAUGUAUCAGUUGAAAGCAUUGCAGAGCAUUGAAAGGGCAGACAAAGUACUUGAUUAUGUUUUUAGAAGAUUAAACUUUUUCUAGAA